AUGGCGAGCGGCUUUUGGGCGAUCAAGAUGUCCGAAAGAGCGAAGCUGAUAUCGGCGUUUGUCUGUCCGUUCGGACACUUCCAAUGGACUCGUAUGCCAUUCGGACUCAAGAACGCGCCACUGAUAUAUCAAUCGGUUAUCAACAAUUGUCUAUGGGGAUUUGUGAGACUGCCUCCAGAAGAAGAAGCGGAGGUCGAUCAGGACGUCUUGGAUUUCCUGGGCCUGAAUCCUACGGAUAACCAAGAAUCUGAAAGGAGUUGUCUGAACGACGAGGUGAAGGGACUCACGGAUCUGAUGACGGUUUUCCAAAGGAAUAUACCUAUGCCAUCACAUCGUUCUUACAUUAAUGACAUUGCUCACGGUGCGAAAACGUGGGACCAACUUUGUGAGGAUCUGGACACUUUGCUCUAUCGUUUACGUUACUGGAAUAUAUCGGUGAGUUUACCAAAGAGCGAGUUUGGAAAACGAUCGAUCCCUUAUCUGUUACAUGAGAUUAUUGCAGAAGGUAUCCGAGCGACCCCAAACGUCGCGAAGGGUGUUAUGGAUCUACCGUUCCCCACGUCUCACAAAGGUGUGCUAUCAUUUCUUGGCAGUCUGAACUACUACCAUAAGUUUAUUGAAGACUUUCCGGUAGUGGCAGCAGUCCUCUACGAACUUUCAGAAGACCAGAUACGUCGGGGACGAGACCUCUCGCGAGCUCAUGAAUCAUUCGAAUUGCUUAAAAGGAAAAUCGUUGCAACGCCAAUGUUGAGGCAUCCGGACAUCCAAAAGCCGUUUGUGAUCAUUCCUCACGCGAACCGUUGUGCAGUCGUAGGACAAGAACACGACGGAAAGAUACAACCUGUUCGGUACACGGGACGCGUUUUGAACGAUGCUGAACUCCGGUAUCACAUUGCCGAGAAGGAAGUGAUCGCUAUUCUGCCGGCGUUACAAGCAUUUAGGACUAUUCUGGAAGGUCGACGACUGAUCAUUUACACAAGAUAUUCUGUCUUGAAAUGGGUGUUACAGUCUAAGUCGGCAGACGGGAGGUGCGUCCCUUGUGGAGUCACGCUCUCGCAUUGGGAUAUCGAAAUCCGAAAGGUCCAAAAGGAUGAAGACGGACUUGCAGCCAUCAUGGAAGCAGGGAUCACACCACGGGAACAUUUGGAUGAGGCCGUGGAAACGUUGAUCCCCCCGAAGGGACAUGUUCGAAGGCCCCCAGUAGUGAGUGUGGAGAUGUUGGGAUGUGACUUCCAAGGAGUCGUUCUGAGUUUCGACGGUGCCGCAAAGCUCUCCACCAAGAAAGGCAGCUGUGGUUGUGUACUAUGGCAGCUACCCGGUUGGAAGGUUCUGAAAGCGAAAGGUUUCCUGUUAGAGAAUGUCACGGUGAACGAUGCCGAGUACCAUGGACUUUUCAAAGGACUCGAGAUGGCCAUCGAAAUGAAGCUGCAAGAUUUGGUCGCAGUCGGAGAUUCUCGAAUUGUUAUUCAACAGGUUCAAGGACUGAUCAACUGUAACCAACCACAUCUCCAGACGCAUCUUGCUAAAGUUGAAAUACUGAAAGCGAAGUUCGGAUCAUUACGUUUGGUACAUCUGAAAGGGGAAUACAAUCAGGCUGCCGAUUAUCUGACCACGAAGACUCUGAUCCUGGAUGAGUCAUGGGACGUUACGGAUACAGCCGAGAUCGCGCAUUUGGAGCACGUAUCAAAGAUUGCGGAGAAACGCAUGAAAGUGGGAGACUCCGAGUUGUAG